AUGGCCGCUGCGAAGACGCCGAAAAAGAAGGCCAAGCCAAAACCGAAGGCGAAAGCAAAAGCAGCUGAUGAAAAGUCCGGUGGCAGCUCUGGUGCUGGAAAGGCAAAAGCAGGUAUCGAGAAGGCAACACCAACAAAGAAGUCUGCUCCCUCCAAGCGCUUCGCCGAAAGCGAGGAUUCAGAAGAAGAUCGCAAGCGGUUGCGGUUUGAUCCGCUGGCGGAAGAGUACGGUGUGAGUAACCCGAGCGAGAUUCUACGCCUGCAGGCCAUCCGAUUUGCAAGGAACCGACGGGGAGAGCACAUGCCCGGCCAUGGUAAAGUUGAAGCAGAGACGUUAUCCACGAAGACCCCGCAAAAAAUGCGCCGCCAGCUGAGCUCCGACUCGGAUGUGACGGAGCCGGAGAUCGAACAGGUGCAGAAACAGAGCGAGAGGAAGAUGCAUCCGGAAGGAAAGAAGCCGACCGAGGAGCCCCAAUGCGACGAGAAGAUGCCAGCUGCAAAGGAAAAGCCAGGAGCAGCUGCGAAGAAGGCCGCGACCAAGGCAGCACAGCGGGCGGACAGAGACGAGGAAGAUGAUGAUGUACCACCACGUGUGCAAGCAAGCAAAGUCAGGGGCACCGCGCAGGUGCCCCACGCCAAGGCCAAGCUGACGCUGGAGGAGUGCGAGUCCGAGGACGACGAUGAGGAGCCGGCACCGGACAGUGGCAAGAAAGUGAUAGCUGCAAAGGACAAGCCAGGAACGGCUGCAAUGAAGGUCGCAGCCAAGGCAGCACAGGAGUCGGACGAAGACGAGGAGGAAGAUGAUGAACCACCACCUCCUAAAGCGAGCCAGUUCAAGGGCACUGCGCAGGUGCCCCUUGGCAAGGCCAAGCCGGCGCAAGAAGAGUCCGAGUCCGAGGACGAUGAGGAGCCGGACGGCGCCGAGAAAAUGCCUGCUGCAAAGGACAAGCCGGGAACAGCUGCGACGAAGGCCGCAGCCAAGGCAGCACAGGAGUCGGACGAAGACGAGGAGGAAGAUGAUGAACCACCACCUCGUCAAGCGAGCCAAUGCAAGGGCACUGCGCAGGUGCCCCUUGGCAAGGCCAAGCCGGCGCAAGAGGAGUCCGAGUCCGAGGACGAUGAGGAGCCGGACGGCGACAAGAAAAUGCUUGCUGCAAGGGACAAGCCGGGAACAGCUGCGACGAAGGCCGCAGCCAAGGCAGCACAGGAGUCGGACGAAGACGAGGAGGAAGAUGAUGAGCCACCACCUCCUAAAGCGAGCCAAUUCAAGGGCACUGCGCAGGUGCCCCUUGGCAAGGCCAAGCCGGCGCAGGAGGAGUCCGAGUCCGAGGACGAUGAGGAGCCGGACGGCGACAAGAAAAUGCCUGCUGCAAAGGACAAGCCGGGAACAGCUGCGCCGAAG